AUGGCCUUGAGUAGAAGAAGCCGCCUUUCAUUGGUUCCAGAGCCUAAAGUUGCUUUGCUGGCCCUCCGGUCCCGCCUUCCCGCCCCCGCCCGCGCAGUAGGCUUGGUGUGCGCGCCGACGGGGCGUGCCGGACACCUAGCAACGCGCGGGCUGUGUGGGGGUGGGGAGGAGGCGCGGCAGGUGGGGGCGCCUGCCCACGGAACCGCCACCUGCGGGCGGGGGCCGCAGUCUCCUCCCCCGCCGGGGUCGGCUCUUGCGCAGCUGGGGGUGAGAGAAGACACUCCGGGCCCCGGGAGGCCUCUCGGCCCUUCCCAUGGGGCCCCGGGCCGCCGGACGGGGGGCAUACCCGUCUUGGGGGAGGCGAACGUGACCGUGUGCGCAGCGCUGGUGACGGGGACCAGGCUGCCCAGCAGAGCCACGCACCCCGGGCCAGCGGGCGACAGCGCUGGGUUAAGAAGGAGCGACCCCUCCCAGUGGAUCUGCGGGGACGGGGAAGGGGACGGGGACGAAUCAUAUACAUCAGAAUUAAAUUACUUGCUGUCCUCAUGCAGUCUAAAAAGGAAAGACAGAUGGAAUUUACAGCAGUAUAAUGUUAGAGAUUCUCAAAGGAACUUAUCUUCAUUUUCAAAAGAACAUAAUAAAAUGCCAGUACUCACUCAUGAAAACAGAUAUUUAACUUCAAGAGUCACCAAAAGUUCACUUGAUGGUUGUUUUAUCUUUGAAAAUAGCUGGAAAAAAGCAGUUCAUGAAACACAAAAAAUGAAAAAAGAUAAAGAAGAGAAAAAGAUCUGGCUAAAGAAAAAGCCUUGA